AUGAGCGCGAUCCUGUCGGCCGACGAUCUGAAUGAUUUCAUUUCGCCGGGAGUUGCAUGUAUCAAGCCUGUUGAAUCACUUCCAAAAGGUUCCAAGGAGGCUCAGAAUCCAUACGAAGUGACAACCGAAGACAAAGUCGAACCAGAAAACCUUCCGCCGGCGCAAAUCUCUUUGACAGACUGUCUGGCUUGCUCUGGCUGCGUGACCUCGGCAGAGGCCGUUUUGAUCUCGCUACAAUCUCAUACCGAAGUUCUCAAUACCCUCGACGCCUACCCAGAAAUUCCAUUAAUCCAAUCACAUGGAACAACAGUUGGCCCUGCGGGACCGGGAAAUGGAAAGAUAUUUGUUGCCAGUGUGAGCCCGCAGGUUAGGGCGAGCUUGGCUGCAACAUAUGGCAUCUCGGAAAAGGAAGCGGGAUACAUGAUUGACCAGUUUCUGCGUGGCCCGCAGGGAUUGCGAAGUGGCGGGAAGCAAGGCAGUGCUUUUACUUGGGUUGUGGACACAAAUACUAUGCGGGAAGCAGUAUUGGUUCUCACGGCUGAUGAAGUGUCCGAGUCUCUCGUGGGCGCUUCAAGUGAGGGUCAAGAAGCCCCUCCCAAGCGACCGAUUCUGUCGUCGGCGUGCCCUGGCUGGAUUUGCUAUGCUGAAAAGACACAUCCUUUCGUUCUUCCGCAUUUGUCCCGACUCAAAUCUCCCCAGGCAAUGUCGGGAACUUUCCUCAAAACGGUUUUGAGCAAAUCACUUGGAGUGCCACCCUCUCAAAUCUGGCAUCUGGCGGUCAUGCCUUGUUUCGACAAAAAGCUGGAGGCCAGUCGCGAGGAACUUACAGAUGUUUCGUGGCGAGAAGGCCUUGAGCAAAAUAUCACUGAACCAUAUGAACCUGUUCGUGAUGUGGAUUGUGUUAUCACUUCUCGUGAACUUCUCUCCUUGGCUUCGUCCCGGGGGCUUUCGCUUCCAAAAUUGCCUCUCCAGCCGCUUUCUUCGUCUUAUUCUCCUCCAUUCCCAGAGCAGACCCUGGGCUCAUUUAUCUCGUUUCAAGACUCCACCGUGGAACAAUCUCUUGCGACAGGCACCUCCGGAGGCUAUUUGCACCACGUUCUUAACACCUUCCAAGCACGGAAUCCAGGUUCUAAUCUUGUCACGAAUCGUGGACGUAAUUCAGAUGUUGUCGAGUACGUUCUCAUGUCCGAAGAAGGACAACCCAUUAUGAAAGCGGCCCGAUACUAUGGCUUCCGCAAUAUCCAGAACCUUGUUCGAAAAUUAAAGCCGGCACGAGCGUCCCGAAUGCCCGGGGCCAAGCCUGUGGCUAAGCCCAUGGUCAGUCGGCGCCAGCCUAUGUCUCGCAACGCAGCAUCAGGAGCCAGUUCAGGAUCUGACUAUGCUUAUGUGGAGGUUAUGGCUUGCCCUGGUGGCUGCACCAAUGGUGGUGGGCAAAUUCGGGUAGAAGAUGCCCGGGAAGUGACCGGCUCUCCUCAGCCAGCUGAGGCAGUUGCGUCUGAAACAUUAAAGCCAACCCCCCAUGAACAGCGAGCCUGGCUUGCUCGUGUGGACGAGGCUUACUUCUCCAUGGAAUCAGACUCGGAGACUGAAUUAGAUGAUAAACCUCAGCCUCUCUCCAUUGUGGACAAAGAGGCGCAGGUUCACGAGAGCUUGCAGCGCUGGUCCCAGUUCAUGGGCAUUCCACUUACUAAACUUGUUUAUACCACUUACCGUAAGGUGGAAAGUGAUGUUGGCAAAGAACAGGCGCCUGCAGAUGAGACCACGCGGGUAGUUGAACUUGCUGGAAAGAUCGGUGGUGGAUGGUAG